AUGAACCGCCGCGCAGGUGCUACCGACCGACACGCCCUCCUUGCAGGAGGCGCCUACCCCUCCUCCUCCUCCCUCUCCGCCUAUCGCUCCUCCUCGCCCUACGACUCGAACCCUUACGCAUCUGGCUCCACUUCCAACGGCUCCUACCAAAGCUCUGACUUUAUUGGUGCGCCCAAAAAGGAGCCCGUUGCCCCCACCAACACCUCGUACGGCGAUGGCAUCUUCGGCCGUGCGGCAUCCGCCUACUCGGCAACACGCACCGCCGAAGACUUGGAGGAACAGAACGACCAGCGCCUCGACGGUCUCACCGCGCGAGUCUCCAUGUUGAAGGAGAUCACUUUGAAUAUCGGCUCCGAAGUGAGGGAGUCGACCAAGGAUCUCGGGGUUCUCGGCGAGGCGUUUGAUAACACCUCGGCGUUUUUGGGGGGGACGUUUAAGCGGAUGAACAAGAUGGCCAAGAGACAGGGCGGGUGGUUCUGCAAUAUGAUGCUCUUUCUCUUGUUCGUCACUUGGAUCUUUGUCGUCCUCUGGUGGUGGAGACGUUGA